UUUAUCGGGGUCGUUCGCUUAUAAUGAAGGCACUUGGCGCUGGGCGAAGGGCUGCCCAAACGGCCGGUCGCGCGUUCAGUGCUGUUCGGCGGUUUGCCAUACGUCCCGAGGUAUUUGGAAUUGUCCCAGUUUCGUCGAAGGACCAUACAAGACUUCACUAGGGCAACCACGGGCGCGCGCGGCUCGGCGCAGGGCAACUUCGGCCUGAUGGACCUGGUGGCCGGGCUGCACUGGCUGCGCGAGAACCUCCCGGCGUUCGGGGGCGACCCCGAGCGGGUGACGCUGCUCGGCCACGGCACGGGCGCGGCGCUCGCCAACUUCAUCGCCAAUGACAAUUCAGACAUUUACACUUCGCCU